CCGGGAUCGCUCCCCAUCCCGCGGUGACGCCGGAGGCUGCACGAGAUGAGGACGCUGGCACUGAGCCUGGGGCUGGCCCUGCUGUGCUUGCUGCACGCGGGGGCUGCAGCCACAGUGCCGGACAGGAGCGAGAUUGCAGGGAAAUGGUAUGUUGUUGCUCUGGCCUCCAACACCGAGUUCUUCCUGCGUGAGAAGGGCAACAUGAAGAUGGCAAUGGUCAGAAUCUCUUUCCCAGGAGAGGAUGAGCUGGAGGUCUCCUAUGCUGUCCCCAACCCAAAGGGGUGCAGAAAAUGGGAGACAACCUUCAAGAAGACCAGUGACGACGGUGAAGUCUACUACUCAGAGGAAGCCAAGAAAACGGUGGAAGUGCUGGACACUGACUACAAGAGCUAUGCAGUAAUCCUUGCAACUAGGGUGAAGAAUGGGAGGACUUUGCACAUGAUGAGGCUCUACAGCAGAAGCCGUGAGGUGAGCCCCGCAGCAGCGGCGAUCUUCAGGAAGCUUGCUAGGGAGAGGAACUACACGGACGAGAUGAUCACCAUGCUGCCCAGCCAGGACGAAUGCAGCGUUGAUGAAGUGUAGGAUGGCGGAUGGAUGCUGCUUCCCAAAAGAACAAGACUAAUGUGCCAAAGCUCCAGGCUGCUGCUCUGCCACCCCUAUCAUGGCUCUGAGGCAUUUCCCGCUUCACCAGCACACGGUCCCUCCUUUUUGCCCAAAUAAACAGAAACUUUCCCGAGA